AAACUGCCAACUGGAUUCUUAUUUUCACAUGACGCAUCACAAAUUUCAGAAAACAGAGGAAAGAAUAGAUUUGUCGGCUACUACCCAUACGACCGGAACCGUGUGGUUUUGUCAUCACUGCCAGGUGUUCCAAAUUCCGAUUACAUCAACGCCAGCUUCAUUGAUGGUUGUACUACAAGGAACCAUUACAUCGCAGCUCAAGCUCCAAACAGGACGACUCUGCAGGACUUUUGGCGAAUGCUAUGGGAAAGGGAAUGUGGAUAUAUAAUUAUGUUGACAAACAUUGUUGAAGCAUCCAAGCAAAAGUGCGAACCUUACUGGUCAGACACACAGACUAUGUCUAUUGGAUCGUUCACAGUUGCUGUUGCUGAAAAGGAAGAGAGAGCUGACUUUGUCAUCAGGACGUUUUUGGUCACAAGCGCACAGUCUGGAGAAUCCAAGACAUUUCAGCAAUUUCACUUCAUUUCGUGGCCUGACCAUGGCGUUCCAAAUAUACACGAUUUCAUCGAGUUCAUGUACAGAGUUCGUCAUACGAAUCCAAUACUACCCGGUCCAGUGCUGGUACACUGCAGUGCUGGUAUCGGUCGAACUGGAACCUACAUUGCUAUAGACAUUCUGCUGGAACAGAUGGAGAAAACCAAUCGCAUUGAUGUCAGUAAGGUGCUGAUCGACAUGAGAGACCAGCGAAAAGGAAUGGUUCAGACCAAGGAACAGUAUGAAUGUAUUUUCCUGACCAUGCUGGAGCUAUUUAAUUAUGGUAAGACCAGCCUUGCCAAUGCCAAUUUUCACCAGCAGUAUGCACAAAAGAAAGGAACCAUGAUCAUGGGCAAGAAAAGUGUCGAUGAACUAGCACAGGAAGUUGGUGCACUGAAUGGAACUCCAUACACAGAUUCUCCUGACAAGUACAAAAUAUUUGUUGGAGGCCAAGACAACAUGUUUGCAAUGUUUCCGCCUUCCAAGCUGGCAAAACAUGGAUAUCUUCUAGUAUCGGACACGAAAGUCACAGAAGACGGGUUCUGGAAACUCAUCAUAGAAUAUGACUCGUUCAUCAUCAUUUCUUUGAGCGCAGAGAGUGGUGCUAAAUUCAUCCCAAGACUAUCUGGUUCCAUGACUCACGGCGGUACAACUAUAACAACACGACGACAAACAUCAGUCUGUCAAGAUAUUACAGAGAAGAUACUGCAUGUGGAGGCAAAGAGAGAAACUGAGGCAAGGGAAAUACAUCAUUACAGUAUUCAUGGAUGGUCUUCCACCCUCGAGUCUUCAAAACUGAUGUCUAUUUUGACAAUACUCACUGAAAAUAUGUACAUGAAACAGAAGGAUGUUGGACCAGUCCCUGUGACAAUUGUGUACAGGGAUGCCGAGGCUAAAAAUGCCAUAUUGCUUUGCAUAGCAAACAAUAUCAUAACAGGUAUAGAAAUGGACAAAGAAGUGGAGGUUUUCAACAACACCAGGCGGUUUCAAGCCAUCCUGCCUAAUGUAAAAGUCACCAAAGAGGACUUUACAUUCAUCUGCAACAUGGCAUUUGAUACUCUUGAAGCAUCUACAGUGUACGCAAAUUGUCCUUGAAAAUGGAGAUGACGAACAUAUUAACUGUUCACUGGUGAUGAAGAAUGUUGGAAACUUUUCCUAAAAUACAGCAUGAACUUAUAAUAUGCAUUCCAGCAGAUUUCUUUUUUUAUUGUGUGCCUUCGCCUACAAAUGCACUGCACUAAGAUAUUUUAUAUCGAUGGUCUUGUAUUGGUGUCUUCAAUGGACAUGUACAGUUAGAUUAUCAUUUAGUUAAUAUUUGUUGUUGUUGUACAGUGAGACAGUAAUAUGUUGUUCAUGUUUAUCUAUGUGGGUGUUUAAAAACACUACGAUCUGAAACAUUCUGAUAGAGUGUAUUUUGUGACAGUUGGCAGUUUUAUUUGUUCUUUACAUUUUAAGAGCUUCCUGGCAAACAUGCAAUAUGCUUACAGCAGUUCUCAAAGAGUAGUGACUGCAACCAGCUUGAAUAGGCAAAACACCUGGUUCAUAUUGAUUAUACACAGUGUGUCAGGAUGACAAAAUAAAGCAAUAUCAUG